AUGAAUAUUUCCCGAGACGUUGACAUGUAUGGUGGUGAAACGGGGCCAUACUCAGUCUUCCUUGGAAUUUACCAAAAAGCGGUGAGGCAGAUUGAGGCGCAAAUCUCGGAAAGACCCAGGCACUGUACUCCGUACGAUACUGUUUUGCAGUGCUAUAUGAGUUGUUUGUUUGGCGAUCAAUUCCGCACUCGACCCAGACAGAGAGAGGCUCAAGUCAACAAUUGCCUUCCCGGUCGUGUCAAUAAUCAUAAUAUAACCAACUACGUGGUCAACUGUUGA